AUGAAAUCCUUCUUCGGAGUAACCGCUUUUUGCGCCAUCUACAGUCUUCUGACUGGGUUUUGCGGAGCCGCUGACGCUGAGGGCAGCGGGUCCGGGGUGAAGUACACCCACGAAGUCACGCUCGAAUUCGCCAAGAAUGGAGAGGGAAUCGGCCACAUUAUAAUCGGAAUGCGCGCUGAUGUUGCACCCAAGACUGUAGACAACUUCCUUGCCUUCUGCGAGGGACGCGACAUUGACGGCCGCUCAUACACAUACGAAGGAACCGUGCUUCACAGGAUCAUCCCUAACUUCAUGAUCCAGGGUGGAGACAUUCUCAACGGCAACGGAACUGGUACUAUCAGCAUCUACGGCGACAGGUUCAAGGACGAGAACUUCAAGCUGAAGCACGAGGGCCCCGGUGUGCUCUCCAUGGCCAACGCUGGACCCAACACCAACGGUUCUCAGUUCUUCAUCACCACUGUGAAGACUCCGUGGCUCGACGGCAGGCACGUCGUCUUCGGACAGGUCACUGAAGGCUGGUCCGUGCUGCAGGAGGUUGAGGCGCAGGGUUCCGCCAGUGGCAAGACUAAAUCAGUUAUGACCAUCUCCCGCUGCUCCUACCGCGAAAUUUAA